AAAUGCACAUUUAUUAUUUUAAAAAGAGCACAUUUUCUUAUGUUCUUUUAAAGAAUAGUUACAUGCAAAAAAUGACAACAUGAAAUAUUCCUGAAAUAAGAGCUUAAAUUUGGGGAAUGCAAAUCAUGAGGACCUAGUACUUUUAGCAUUAUAACAAUGGUUUUGCAUAAAUACACACAUCCUCUCUGCAAGUGAAAUAGCAAACCAUGUGUAAGAUAGUUGUACAAUUUUUUUUUUUUUUCUUUUUUGCACAGGUACUAGCUACUGCUGACAACAUAUAGCACUGGGAAGCGGAACCAGAUCUUUGGUUGUUUGUCAGUUAUGUUCUAGUGGCUGACAGAAUAUUUAUUCCCAGAGGUAACUAUUAUAAAUUGCAUGUUUCCCCUUCAGUUGCUACAAGCUUGUGAUGGAGAGUGGGCGGAGAGGACAACCUGUAAUUCAGGAUGGUUUGGAAGCCGGUUGCCUAGGAAACUGGGAUGAGCAGCAAAAUGCCCACCAAAACCAACUGUCAACAAGAUAGGGGAUUUUCUUUUUUGAUCUGCAUUGCUUUCCAAACACAUAUUUUUGGACUCAUCUCCAUCUUACCCUGUAUAUAUCAGCCUACCCCACCCUUCUUAUACAUUCUCACUCUACACUCACCUCGCAGGCAAUUCACAUGAGCAACUAGCACAUAUCUCCAUACUCACAGGACCAUAAUAAAUAGGUACAAAUACGUCUGUGUAUCUAUAUACGUGCUAGUUGCAAAACUCACAAUUUGGAACCUCAACCUUCCCUAUCGCUUUUUCCCAGUUGAAAUCUAUAGCCAAAUAUUCUCCUUCCUGCCUUUGAAUAUUACUUGUCUCCUCUUCUUUGGACUUAUCUUUAACAACUUAAAAUGAUUUUAAGUUGUUUCUCCACCUUUGACACUCAUUCACUUGAAUUCUAUUUCUCUCACAUGUACUAGAAACUACUCACCAAUGAGUCAAACUGUAAAGUAUGGCAACACGUCACACGAUGGAUUAAUGAUUCGCUUCUGGUUUCUUACUUUUGCCUCCACAGAACCACCUAUUAUUGUUUUGCAAAGUUAAGAGUAAGGAUGUGAGAGAAGGAAGUAUUUUAACAGCCAAUGCAGAAUUUCUCCUGCAAAGAAAAAUGGCCUCCCAGAGCCAUUGCUCCAGCUUCCACCUGUCAGAGCAAAGUUAAUGAUCAGGUAGGCCAUGGGGCCAUAGGAAAAGACCUGAGAAUUUAGGUGAGCAAUAAGAGCGUUUGGAAUUUUAAAGUAAAGAAGACAGAUGUGAUAGGACCCCUGGCAUUCUCACUCUCAGCCAAAGGCAGCUUCUUCCCUCACUGCUUGCAGCAUUUGCCAUUGCAUCCCACUCCCCUUUCAGGAGACGAUAUUUAUUGUAUUGGGUCAUCGUGGGAAAUCUCAGCUCAGCAGCAUGGGCAAAUUCCCAAGGUGCUGGGGCGCUUGGCUGUUCCAGGACUAUACUAUGCUGUUUUCUCUCACUUGGAAGUUAGUGUUGACCGAGAGAGAAGGAAAUGAGGGCUCAGUGGUGGAGGGUAUAUGCUCUCUUCCCCAUUCUCCAGUCGCCCUCCCUGCAAGCAUGCGUAUAGAUGCUCUGUGGCCCACACAGAAAUGUCUGCCGUGUGACCAGGCUGUUAUCCUUGGGCCAUAAUCCUUUCUCUUAUUUGGAAAGGAAUGUUCCUCAUACGGAAUAAAAUGUCCAUCCAUGGGAGUGCGGGCUUGAAGGUCUCUCGGGUCAACUCAGAAGCCUCCAUUUCUAGGAGCUGUGAUGGGCUGGCUUGGUGGGGAGUCCUUGGGUUGGCCUUUUAUCCUCAGAGAGAGUACCCUGGUCAGGGAGAACACAGAUCAUUCUGGUUCUUGUGUGACCGAGGGCGGUUAUUUGUUUAGAAGCUGAGACUACCCUUCUCCAGUCUGUCAGAAGGGUUUCGAAGCUGCCGCACCAGGAGCUGUUUCAGAUUACAGGUUUCAGUAACUAAUGACCCCUGUCCUCUCUUCAGCAGUGAAAUCCCCAAAUGGUCCUAGGGGAAGAGAAGGAAAUUUUGACAGCUGCUUAGGGGGUCAUUUCAGAACUAAACCCAGGAGAACCGCUUUUGGGUUGAGAGAGAACUUCCCGCUGUCCACAACAACAACAACAACAACAAAAAGGAAAAGAAGAAGAAAAAAUAGUAGUCUUCAGAAAGGUAGCUGUUUGCAGCUCACCCAGGUGUGCUCUGAAGACCAAACCCCUACCUCAGCAAUUAGUAGGUAACCUUUGAGCUCCUGCACCUCGUAGAAAGCACAACGGCAUCAGCAUGUGUGCACGCACACACGCAUGUGUGCGUGCACACACACACACUUCAUAUGAUCCUACCUACAAAAAAGGAGUUUCUGUGGGUGAGAAAACGAGGCCAGGUGAUAUUCCAAACAGACUGUAAUUUCAGCAGAUCUAUCAAGAACAUUGAUGUAGGAGGCUUGUUAUUGUAAUUCCAGAAGACUUUUCAUUUUUUUUCUUUGGAGAGUGUGUGAAUCAUUGCAAUGCUGUGUUGUUUCCAGAACUGGACAGUGAGCUAAAGAGCAGCAGCUGCCGUUGCCACCACCACCACCACCAGGACAGCAACAGCGACCGCACAAGCUUUGAUCCUGGCUACCAUGGAAUUUCUGGAAAGAACUUAUCUUGUGAAUGACAAAGCCACCAAGAUGUAUGCCUUCACACUAGACAGCGUGGAACUCCAGCAGAAACCCUUGAAUAAAGAUCUAUGUCCUGGAGAGAAGCCAGAGGAACUCGAGUCGGGAGCCAUCAAUCACUGCCACAGCCACUCCAAGGCCACAGAGAACAGGGCAAAGGAGCAAGUCUAUGCCAAGUGGAAACUCUGUGCUGCUUCAGGAAUAUGCUUCGUUUUCAUGAUUGCAGAGGUCGUGGGUGGGCAUAUUGCUGGGAGUCUUGCUGUCAUCACAGAUGCUGCCCACCUCUUCAUUGACCUGACCAGUUUCCUGCUCAGUCUCUUCUCCUUGUGGUUGUCAUCAAAACCCCCCUCCAAGAGGCUGACAUUUGGAUGGCACCGAGCAGAGAUCCUUGGUUUACUGUCCAUCCUUUGCAUCUGGGUGGUGACUGGUGUGUUGGUAUACCUGGCUUGUGAACGCCUGCUGUACCCAGAUUACCAGAUCCAAGCCACCGUGAUGAUUAUCGUUUCAAGCUGCGCAGUGGCAGCCAACGUGAUAUUAAGUGUGAUUUUGCACCAGAGAUGUCCUGGACACAAUCACAAGGAAGUGCAAGCUAAUGCCAGUGUCAGAGCUGCUUUUGUACAUGCCCUUGGAGAUCUAUUUCAGAGCAUCAGUGUGUUAACCAGUGCACUUAUUAUCUACUUUAAGCCAGACUAUAAAAUGGCCGACCCAAUCUGCACAUUUGUCUUUUCUGUCCUGGUUUUGGCCAGCACCAUCACCCUCUUAAAGGACUUCUCCAUCUUACUCAUGGAAGGUGUGCCAAAGAACCUGAGUUACGAUGGCGUGAAAGAGCUCAUCUUAGCGGUGGAUGGAGUGGUGUCUGUGCACAGCUUGCACAUCUGGUCGCUAACAAUGAACCAAGUGAUUCUCUCAGCUCAUGUUGCUGCAGCAGCCAGCUGGGACAGCCAGGUUGUCCGCAGAGAAAUUGCGAAAGCCCUCAGCAGUAGCUUUCCUGUGCACUCACUCACCAUUCAGAUGGAGCCUCCAGCCGACCAGGACUCUGACUGCCUUUUCUGUGAAGACCCCCGGGACUAGCUCAGUCACACUGUCCGCUCCUCAAGUUUGACAGGCCACUACAUGCUGCUCUGCAGUUUCUAGGAAACCAAAGGAAGAAGUUUGAGAAAUUCAUGAUGCAGUACAAUGCACAUCUUAUUCUUCUUUAUGGAGCUCCAUCCACCAUGAAUGAAAAGGCAUUUAAAUUCAUCGACCAAUUGGAUUAUCAACCCAUCACUAGCUGUGUUUGGUUCCAGGAAUGUGUGUAUAGAUUAUUCCUGACUGGGGCUGAAACAGCAGCUGUCUGUAACCACAGGUAAUAAAAAGUUUGUCUGCCUUCAAUAAUACAUCCCAAGGCUGAGAGGGCAAAACUGAACUCAGGAAAGUCUUAUCAGGGAUAAGGAGUCACAACAUUUUUUGAAAACAUGAAAAGCAAAAAUAAGAAUAACCAAGUCAGGGGUCGAAGACAACUAAGAAGCCUAAUACUCCAUUAGAACUUGACUUUCCCCCUAAGCUGGGACAUGAUUUGGGGAGUCACCUUUUGACUCCCUAUCAACAUCACCAUUCAUUAAAUAGGACAGAAAUCCCUCUUUUCAUCUUUUUUUCCUUUUUAAGGAUGCACCUGGCAAAUAUGGAGUUUCCCAGGCUAGGGGUCAAAUCGGAGCUGCAGU